CAAUUGAGGUUUGUGUUCAUCAACCAAUACUUCGGUGUGUUCUCCCAUUUCUCUGUCUUGCCAUCUUGGUGUUCACCUUUUUCACGACCUGAUUCAGUGACAGAUGCGUUUCUCCUCUACUUUUGUUGCCCUCGCUGCUACCUUCGGGCUUGUCGUUUCCAAUCCUCUUGAGGUCCGUCAGGAAGCGGCUCGUUUCGGUUCUGUAAACGUAAACCCCAGCACUGUUGCCCCUGGUGGUACUUUGAAAAUCCGUUACAACGCUACCACUGCUCGUAGCCACCCUCUCUUCGUAGACUUCAGCCUCCAAGGAAAGUUUGACAACGGAAAUGAUACCCCUCGUUUGGUGCUUUCUCGCAAUGACUUUGGUCCCAAUGAAGUCAUCUUGGACGCCAACAUUAAGCUUCCCCCUGUCGAGACGCUCGGCGACACCAACUCCUGGUUGGUUUUGGCCUUCGUUACGUACCCCCAGGAUGGUUUUAUCCUCACUGGAGGAACCAGCGCACCUGUCUCCUUUACUUCCGCUUGAACGGCUUUAUGUCGUCUUUGAAAUAUAUGUUGUGUUUUGUUGACCUUCCUCAUAAUUGUAGACUACACAUCUCGCCGUAGACUGUCAGGAGCGUUCGCACUCGAUAGGAACGUACACGGUAAGGCUCUGGACGCGGCGGUCCAAAUGCAGAACCCGAGCUUGCAGGUCGACUGAACUGCCUGCCAUCCGUGUAUACCUCUGUAAAUACCAAUUGUGUUUGAAUAUCUGGGCGAAGCAAUGUACUAGGCGAGACCACUGGA